UGGUUGCAGACAGAGAUGACACACCAGGAACUGACCAAAGCUCUGGCCCAGCAAUGGCACGAAUUGUCGGUCACUGCCAAACAGGUUUACUACAAUCUGUUUAAUAACGAUAAGAUUCGCUAUGAGAACGAAAUGAAGAUAUUUGCCGCUAAUUCUAACAAAGAGUCCGCUAAUAAAACCAUCGAUUAAUUGGAUACUUAGUUAGCUUUGAAGUUAUUCUUCAAUCGUCUCAACUCUGCCAUCGUUGCGAUCGCAUCGUUCUCUUUGUUGACCUCUUUUUGGACACUUUGGACGUCAACUCUCAUGAAAGGGUUGGUCUUCUUCUCGGACCCUAUUGUCGAUGGAAUCGUCGCUUCAUUCCUUGAGCGCAAGUCCUGUGUAUUAUUG